CUCCCCAACCCCACCCCCCUUUGAACGAUUCCACCAUUUUUCCCCUUCUCCCUCAAGAAAACAAAAUCAAAGUCUUUCAAUUCCUUCAACCUCACGUAUCAAUUUUGAAUCUUUGACCCCCUCGAGAAGUUUGGAAUAGUUCCCUAGUUCCUUUCUUUGGUUUUUCGGGUGGCGAAUGAUCGAGCGGAGACUCGCGGGCCAGGGAAUUGCUAUCGGGAUAUGGAGAGACCGGUCAUCGGGAAGUACCGCAGGGGAUUCCUGUUUGUGUCCGUGGCAGCUUUCGUCUUCUGGGUCGCGCUGAUUUACGUGUUCAAUCGGGAUGUCGUGGUCGAUGGAGAGAUUGACAUAAAGCCAUUGGCUGAUCAUGUGGACCAGGUGGGCGGUUCGGAUGCGGGUGGUACCAGUGAUAAGGACGACUUCAUGAUUCAUCCCAAUGUGGUCGAGAAGGCUGAGGAAAAUCUUGUGCAGACAUCUGGUUCGGGUGAUAGCGUGGGGAAUGAGGAAGAGGUUCGACAGCCUAUGAGGAAUACUGUCAGCGGAGACGAUUCGAAUGAGGAACCGGAUGAUAGGACAGGUAAUGAUGAAGAGGUUCGGCAACCCCAGGGAAAUGUAGAACGCAGGAAUGAUUCGCAUGAAGAACCGGUCAAUAGCACCAAGAGCGGAGAAGAAGAGGUUCAGCAGCGGCCUCUGAGGGAUACCGAUUCGGAUGAAGAGCCGGUCGGUAGCCAUCGGACCGAGGAUCAUGAGGCUCAGCAGCCUCUUAGAAAGGAAGUGGAAGGUUCCAGGUUGAACGAUCAAGAACCGGUGAAUAGCAUUAGGACAGACAAAGAGGUUCUACUACCUCAGCGAAAUAUAUCUGAUGGGGUCGGGGAUGGAUCGAAAGAACACCCGGCUAGUACUGAUUCAGCCAAAGCUGGAGCGGAUGAAGCAGUCGAGGAGGAGGCGGUUGUUCCUGAAACGGAUUCGUGUGAGGGCCGGUACAUAUUUGUCCAGAUUCUGCCUAGGAGAUUUCAUGUGGACCUGCUGAGGAAUUGUAAGUCCCUCAGUGCUUGGACCGACAUGUGCGAGACUUUAUCGAACGCGGGCCUUGGUCCGGAGUUGCCUAGUAAUGAGAAGGCCCUGUCGAAGACCGGCUGGUACUCGACGAAUCAGUUCUCGCUCGAGGUUAUCUUCCACAACAGGAUGAAGCAGUACAAAUGCCUGACCAAUGACUCCUCGAUAGCGACAGCGAUCUACAUUCCCUACUAUGCAGGCCUUGAUGUGGCCCAGUUUCUAUGGCACUCGACAAAGUAUCGGGAUAUCGGGCCACAGGAGCUGGUCAAGUGGCUGCGGGCCAGGCCGGAGUGGAAGCGCAUGUGGGGAAAGGACCAUUUCCUGGUCGCCGGGAGGAUCUCGUGGGAUUUUCGGAGGGAGACCUUCAAUGACUCCGAUUGGGGCACCAACCUACUAGUCCUUCCCGAGGUCAAGCGAAUGACGAGUCUGGUCCUUGAGUCGACAUUAAUUCCAGAUGCUACGGACUUUGCGAUCCCGUAUCCGACCUACUUCCACCCGUGGAGUGAUGCUGAUGUGAUCCAUUGGCAGAACCAGAUGAAGCGUCUCAAGAGGUCAUACUUGUUCUCAUUUGCCGGGGCCCGUAGGCCUAACUUACCAAACUCUAUCAGGGACGAGAUCAUCGAUCAGUGCCGGGCCGUGAAGAGCAAGUGCAAGCUCCUAGAGUGCUAUUCCCGGGGCAACACUUGCUACCGGCCGGUGAACCUAAUCCGGCUAUUCCAGGAAUCCGUCUUCUGCCUUCAGCCCCAGGGAGACUCCUACACCCGGAGGUCGACCUUCGACUCGAUCCUCAUGGGGUGCAUCCCCGUUUUCUUCCACAGUGGGUCCGCCUACGAUCAGUACAGGUGGCACCUCCCAAGCGACCACACCAAGUACUCGGUCUUCAUCCCCGAGGCCGAGGUGAAGAAGCGGAAAGUGAACAUCGAGAAGGUGCUGAGCGAGAUCCCCAGGAGGAAGGUGGAGGAAAUGCAGCAGGAGGUGAUAGAGCUCAUCCCCAAGAUCGUGUAUGCGGACCCAAGAUCGGAGCUGGAGACAUUUGAGGACGCAUUCGAUCUAACGGUAAAGGGAGUGCUGGAAAGAAUAAAGACGCUGAGGCGGGAGGACCCUUGAUGAUCGGGAUAUUAACGAUUAACGGAUGAAACAGAGGACUAAUUAAAUUUCAGUCGAUAGGCUAGGGAACUCGUUCCUAGGAUGUUAACGGAACAUGAAGAGGCAUUGGAGGAGACAAAGAUUCAAUGUAAAUUCUUUUGUAGGAUUACUCUCAUCUGAUAGAAAACGAUUAUUUGUUGGUUGGUUGAAUUGCUUGAGAGUCUCAUUGCCAGAACAUGGGAAAUCAACAGGGUUCCCUGUGUUUAAAGAUGUUCAAAUUGCAAUGGCAUGACGAAUGUGAGGCGGUUUAAA